CAGCCUCAAACCUGCGGCUCGCUUCCGGGUCGACGUGCUGACGUCACCGCCGUGCGUCAGUGUGGAGGAAUGUGCGGAAACUUCUUGUUCACUUUUCUUUCUGCGUGUUCGUCGAAGUGACAAAAGUCCCGAAGCUGUGAGCAGAACCCCGCAGAACCCGCAGAGCCCCGCAGAGACCCGCAGACCCCGCAGACCCGCAGAGCCGCAGACCCGCUUCUCGUUCCCGCCGAGGUGAAGACCUGAAAUCAACAUGGCCGCUCAGACGGUGUUCUCGGUGGAGAUGUUUCCUGUCGGUGUUCCUCUGAUGGAGGACGCUCAGAGCGACAUGCCAAGGAACACGCUGCCGGCCCCUCAGUUAGUGAUGCUCGCCAACGUGGCGGCGGCAGAGAGCGGCGGUGGUGACGGCAGCGCGGCAGACGAGAAGGAGAUGAUGGAGCUGAAGACGGUGGGAUGCAGCUACUCGGACAGCGAGGAGGAGAACAUCGUCAGGUACAGCUACGACAGCCAGAACUACAGGGAGGUUUGUAUCCUCGAGUACCCAGAGUCUCCCAGUCCCAACAUCGUCACCGUGGUCGUAGGAAAAGAUGUGGAGGAGGAGGACGGGGACAAAGCUGAAGACCUGUCCCGUCCCACUAAGCCCCGCCCCUCUGCCGGCACCAAAACACCCGAGCAGGUCGUCGAACGUCAGCGAGCUCCCGUCAUUGCGACGGAGAGCACCAAGAAGAAGAAGCCCUUCCACUGUAAGCCGUGUCACUUCCAGGCUCAGAACGAGCAGGAGUUUGUGGAACACCUUGGCACUCAUGGCGUCAGCAAGAUGAUGGUGGUGAACCGGGUCGAGGGCAGGAGCAGGACCAAGGACGGCGCCACACCUGAAGCCCAGGCUCAGCCAGGUGGGGAGGUGGAGAGCGGCGAGGAGGCGGGGGCAGGAGGUGAUGUCAAAGGGCUGAUCAGGUGUGAGCGGUGCGGCUACAACACCAACAGAUACGACCAUUACAUCGCUCACCUGAAACACCACAGCAAGGAGGGCGAGGACCACAGGGUGUUUAAGUGCACUCUGUGUCCGUACACCACCGUGAGUCAGUACCACUGGAGGAAACACCUGAGGAACCACUUCCCCAGCAAACUGCACACCUGCAGCCAGUGCUCCUACUUCUCCGACCGCAAGAGCAACUACAUCCAGCACAUCAGGACGCACACAGGUGUCCGUCCUUUUCAGUGUCCCUACUGCGACUACUCCAGUUCUCAGAAGACUCACCUGACCCGACACAUGAGGACUCACUCUGGUGAACGUCCAUUCAAGUGUGAGAGUUGUAACUACCUGGCGGCCAACCAGCAUGAGGUGACCCGCCACGCCCGGCAGGUCCACAAUGGCCCCAAACCUCUUGCCUGCCUGUACUGCGAGUACAAGACGGCCGACCGCAGCAACUUCAAGAAGCACGUCGAGCUCCACCUCAACCCUCGGCAGUUCCUCUGCCCUCUCUGCAAGUACGCCGCCUCCAAGAAAUGCAACCUGCAGUACCACAUCAAGUCCAGGCACUCCGGCUGCGACGUCACCGUGGACAUCUCCAAGGUCAAGCUGCGCGGCAAGAAACCCGGUCCUGAUGGUGAAGAGGAAAACCCUGAUUCUGGAGCAAGCAAGUUUGACAAUUCAUCCAGCGUCGAGGAGGACUUUGACAUGGAGGACCUGGACGAAGACGAGGUUGAGGACCCGAGUCCCAUCAAUCUGUCAAUCAAAAAGAGCAGCCGGCCCAGCAUCGCCCAACCGGUGCAAACUGAAGCACCUGACAAGGCUCCGAAGAAAUCCAACGUCACUGCUGAGAAAGAGAAACUUCAGAAAGUAAAGGAGAAGGUGGAACCGGAGAAAAAGGUCACAACGAGGCAGAAGAAGACUGAGAAGGUCAACGAGAAUCCUCUAAAGACGGAGACAAUAACUGCUGCUGUUACUGAAGACAAAGUGAAGAGACGAGUCAAGAGGCUGCCGGCAGAGAAAACUACGGCCAAGGACCAAACAGCAGCAACAAAACCAGACCAAACAGAGACGGACAAAUCGGACCAACAAAGAUCGGAGGAGGACAGGGUAGUGAGGCAGAAAGUGGGGAAAGAGGAAGAAAAGUUGAGGCCUGAGAAGGAGAGAGGACAUCAGAAGAAUGACAGCAACGGAAAGGAGAACAAGAGCCUCAACAAGACCAGGAAGUCUGGAUCAAAGAAGUCAGAGAAAACACCAGAACAUGUGGGCGGAGCUCAGCAGAAACCAGACAGUCCUGAGAAUAUUCAAAAGGAAAAGGUGGUGAAGGAGAAGGCUGCAAAGAGGAAAGCAGCAGAGGCUCUUGAUCUCUCCAAAAAGUCCUCUUCUGAGACUCCAUCCAAGGCCAAACGGCUGAAAGCCAUCGCUGCAGAGAAGCUGCAGGUGAAACCUGCUUCAGAAGACACUAAGAAGAUAAGUGAUGCCACUCCGGCACCACAGAGGUCCAACGGGUCGACCCCUGUGAAGAAGAAGAAGACCAGGAAUACCAGCAAGAAAGCCACGAGUCUCCAACAAACUGUGGAUCCAGAUAAAAAACAGAAGACUUCUGUCGACAGUCCAGAAGAAUCCGUUGAGCUGGACCACCAGAUAGGAAGGGACUCUGCACAGAAGAAGGCCUCCUCUGAUAAAACCACUCCAACAUUCCCAGAGAAGACUCUGAACAGACCCACCUGCAGCUCAGGUGAGGACACACCUUCUCCGGCUGAAGACCGCCCUGCUCCCACGUUUGUUAAACCCACAUCACCGCCCUCUCUGGUGCUUCCAGGCCAGCGAAACAAACCCACCGAUCCGGAGGAUGACGAGGGCAUCCACAGCAGCCACGAAGGGGGAAGUGACAUCAGCGACAGCGCCUCUGAGGGCAGCGACGACUCUGGCCUCCACAGCAACGGCGCCGGGUCGGGUAAGAUGGCCAACGACCCGGAAACGCCCACCGACGAGAUCCCGACCCCGACGGAGCUCAAGAGUCACUUGUGCAUCUUCUGUGACCGCACGUUCCCUUUGGAGGUGGAGUACCGGCGCCACCUGAACCGCCACCUCGUCAACGUCUACUACAUGGACGACGCCGCCAAAGUACCGAAGUGAGGAUCUGUAUCCAUGGCAACACAUUCUGCGUGGACAGCUUGUUCUCAGCGUUCUUUCUUAAAACAGAAACUCUGAAUUCUGGUGCUCUAUAACAAAACAUCAGAAAACACCAGUUUAUCCCAGUGGUUAUAAAUAAACCAGUUUGAGUGCCUGGACUCUGAAAGAUGCUUAAUUAAACUCAAUGAACGUCUCGUAACAAGGGUUCGUUACAAACCCUAUAAACCACAGAUGCCUUCUGGUUUUCGGUCUUUUGUGUCAAAAUUGGUGCCAAAACGUAGAGUUUGAUUUUUAUUUUUUUUCUUCGAUAGAUUCUCCAGAUGCACGCCAAGCCGGAGCUGUAACUAAUGUCCCCAGUUUGUCCUCCAGUAUUUAAAACAAGCUCACAUUCUUGAAUAUUAAAUGACUCGUGUAUGUUCCAGAAUCUUCAUUCAGAAUUUGGUUCAAAUCUGACAUCAAGUGGAGCUUUUGGUUCCAAGAUGUUGCUCAGGUUGUCAGAAUCGGAUAAUCUGCUGCAACAGUUUUUAUUCAUUAAAGAUUAUGUUGUCGUUCUGCCGCCUGGUGUCCAUCCAGAGAACCGGCUCUGACCGAGGCUUAGGGUCGGAGGUGUGGUGGUUUAGACCCAGAGAACCGGCUCUGACCGAGGCUUAGGGUCGGAGGUGUGGUGGUUUAGACCCAGAGAACCGGCUCUGACCGAGGCUUAGGGUCGGAGGUGUGGUGGUUUGGAACCAGAGAACCGGGACGCUGGUCUGGUUCCAGCUUUUCCUGAACAGACUUCAGACUCAAACAUGAUCAUGGUUCAUGUUUGAUCAGGUGUUUGGAUCAAUAAAUAGUAUCAGUGGUUCCAUGUCUCGAUAUCAACGAUCUAUAUUAUGUUCCGUCUGGAGGAACGUUUGUCCAAAUAAAGUUUUCUAUGGUUACAAAGUGGAUUUUUAUAAACAUCCGGUGCCUUUGACAAUCAACAGUAGCUGUUUGUUUUUAGACGUCAACGUCUGCAGGUUUGUCGUCUUAUAGAAACACCUUUUCUUUACCUGUACAGUGUGAAUAUUCUGUGUUCUGAUUGGUUAACGAGGUUCACAGGCUGUUGUGUACAUCAGUUAUGAUAUCAGUUCUUCUAGAGUCGGACCUUUAACUGUAGAACAACACAGAUGGUUUCCUGGUAAUAAUUCUGUGUAAUAUUCCUUUAAGAGAAGAAGCCAAAGUGAUAAAGUUUAGAAUGAAGAAGAUCUCAGUUAAGUCGUAUUAAUAAGUUCAUCACUUUGACACUUGUUGAUUCAUAAACAUGAAUUGUUUUUGUUGUUUGGUGUAUUUUUAGUUUCAGUGUCUUCAUCGAUGAUUCUGUUUAUUAAUGUUUCUGUAAUCUCUCAUUAGAGAAACACUGAAGGGUUAAACUGGUGUUAUUGGGUUUUAUUUCUGUCAUAACUUCUGGUUAUUAAAUAAUGAAUGUCACAAAGACAUUCAGUUCUCUUCAGUAAACCCCACUAGAGUCUACAUAUAAAAAUAGUCUACAUGUUUCCCUGUAGUUAUUAAUAAAGAUCAAUAACCCCAGCUCUGUCCUUCAUGUUGUCAGCGGUUCGUAAAGAUAAAAACAUCUGAAUCAUAACCGUCUUUAACAUUUAAUCUGCUUCAUAUUUACUGUUUGAAAUAAAGGACUU